UACAUCGAAGCGAGCGAAGCGUAUGAUUCUGUUUGUUGAAAACGAAAUAUAUUUUCGAUAGAAAAGUUCUUUGAUUCUCGUUUAUAUCGUAAAGUUGUCGUAAUAAGCGGAGUUUUCUUUUCGAAUUUUUGUUUAAUAAUUUUUUUUUUGUUGGCAGAGAAUUGAUUUUUUCUUCGUCGGUUGGAAAUUAUCUACACGUGUGUGAUACUCUUGUGAAUCCAUAAAAUUGCUACAACGGAAGUGAGUUGAACAUUACCAGCAAGAAAAAAUAAAUAAAUGUGCGAGUGACUAACAAAAGAAAAAGAAUUGUCCUGGUGGUAUAUUGGAGGCAAUAAAAUGUAAAUGCAAAACAAAUACAAUUUUUGGCAUCCAAUUUACGUAUUAAAAACGAAAGAAAUAAACAAAAUAAAUCUCGGGAUCGUGUAGCAUGCUUAAUGAAAAAAUAAACACGAAAAAUAUUAAAAUUUUAUUUAUUUAAGAAAUUUUGAAUUUUCUAUAUAUACACACGGAAGUGGCUGUUAUACGGUUCCCCUUUAACCCACCCUUCGCAUAAUUGGGAUAUGGAUAAAUCUAUACGGAUCGCACUACAUUAGAAAAAGAAAGGAAAACAUUCAAAAUCCAUUAUCACCGGGAUUCGGAUUCGCUUUAAUAUUUUUAUUCUCUGGACACUUUUGUUAUAUGAUAAAGAAUGACUAUCAAGUGGGCGAUACUGUUAGCUUUGGUGCACAUGAUAUUCCUUGAUGGGGUUAUCUGUUUCGGAAAUUGUCCCGUUGAGUGUUCUUGUGGUUUAGACGACAGAGGAAGAUUGCAGACGAUAUGCAACAAAGGGAAUAUGCGCAAAUUUCCGGAACGUCAAAUUGAUACAAACGUUGAAGUCAUACGAAUCACUGGCCGAGGAAAUACGUUCACCAUCGGAUCGCUAUUCAGUUCGUUUACGAAAUUAGAAAUUUUACAAAUAACCGAUUCAAAUGUGCCUGCUAUCGGACAGCACUCCUUUUGGGGUGUGCAGAGCCUGAGAAUGAUAGAUUUGGCUAGAAAUAACAUUACGACCAUCACCGAUGAUAAUUUCCGAGGACAAGAUGGUUUGCAUGAAUUGGAUUUGUCGGGGAAUAAAAUUCAUCGAAUGGCCAGUGGAGUCUUUUUUCAUUUGAAAGAUUUGCGUCGUCUUAAUUUGGCCGAUAAUUCCAUCGAGGAACUGGUGUCGAGAACAUUUUAUAUGCUAAGUAAAUUGAAGUACUUAGACUUAAGUGGAAAUUCAUUAAAUGAUUUGCCUCCGGAUGUGUUCAAAGAUAUAACGGAAUUAAGAGAUUUGAAGUGUAGACGAUGCAAUUUGAAGAAAAUCAAUCCACAAGUGUACAAUAUAUUGCAGCACUUGAGUGUGUUAGAUCUGGGUGAUAAUGAGUUGAAAUAUUUAGAAAAAGAAGAGUUCCACGACCUAAAGCGGCUCAAGCAAAUACGCAUUGACGGGAAUCAAUUAUCUGUUGUCAUCGACAAUUUGUUUAUUCGUCAGAAAAGUUUGGAAUUUUUAGAUCUGUCGAGAAAUCGGUUAGCCAAAGUGACGAAUGGUGCAUUCAAUAAUUUAACCAACUUAACCCAUCUCGAUUUAUCGUACAACAAACUUGUUCGCUUGGAUACGGUCAGUGUGGAGCCGUUGAAGCGAUUGCAACAUUUAAACAUAAGCGGAAAUUUGCAAAUGGAUUUAAUUGAUAUAAAGGACACGUUUCAGUCACUGCGAGAACUUCGUUCGCUAUUUGUGGCUGAAAUGGGUCCAUUGCCAAUGGAGUUAUUGGUUCCGUUUAGGCAGCUGAAGGCACUUAAUCUCUCUGGAAAUCAUUUGGACAACGCUUUGUUGCAAAUACUUAAACCAGUUACAUCGUUGGAGCUUUUAGACUUAUCCAGAAACCAAUUGAAUGGUGUCAAUGCAGCAAUAGCAUCGAAAUUACGUCGGAUUAAAGACGUUAUUUUAACAAAGAAUCCCCUCAUAUGCGACGUAUGCCAUUUGGGGUCAUUGAUUUCCGUCAUGCCAUCGGUGGAAUGGCCAACGAUACCUGAAUGCUUUCUGCCGGAAUCGUUGCGGGGCGCAUCUGUCAUUGAUAUCAAUGUGAAUGCAUUGGACGAGUGCAUGGAUUUCUUUCAUGACGAAGGACAUGAUGCGGCUAGCACAUCGCACAAUUUCUUAGAACGAAGUCUACUUAUUGGAAACUUAAAUGUGCUAGCGUUCGUAUGCGGUAUUAUAUUUGUGAUGUUUGCUGCAAUUGUAUUAAUUAGUCUCGUUUACUACUCCAGACAUCGAGCUAGAUAUUAUACACAUGAGGAAAAGCGUGGUGAGGCUGGCGAAAAAAGCUUGGAUAUACUUACAAUUAAAGGCAAUGAAAUCAGUUUUAAAUUUCCAAUUGAUGAUCGAGUGUGUACAAUCGAUGAAUUGGUACCACCAUCACCACCGCCACCACCCAGGUGUAAAGCACCGAUAACCAAAGAAUGACUAACGGUUGAGAUAAAUUCGAAACUGUGAACGCUAAAUCGUGUGUGAAUGUGUGUAGUGAACGCAGUGUUUAAUAGUAAUUAAUAAAAUGAAGGAAAAAAAACCGAUUCAUUUGAGGCAGACACCGCACUGCACUUUAUGAACUUUAUGUACUCUAUGUGAGUUGAAUCAAAUUUUUAUUGUAUUGUACAUGGUAUGGAUGAGUGAUAAAAUAGAUAUUUCGGAUGAACAAUGAUAAAUUGUAGCAGAGUUAAGUGGAAAGGAAAAUUAAAAAUUUUAAUAUUCUAAUAGGAGUAAGUUUCUUGAAAUAAAAAUAUUUAAAAAAAAAUGCAGAGAAAAACGUUAAUAUUUGGUGUUAAUAAAAGCAUUCGACUACAAUGUAAAAUUCCAAGACACAAACACAAACAAGGUAUAGUAAAUACAAUUUAUUAUACAUUUUAAUAGUAGAGAACCAUUCGUGAUAAGCAAAGUUAAGCAACCAAAAAAAAAACUAUAAAAUGAAAUUCAUUAAAAAAAUGUUAAAAAAAUUUGUUAAUUUUGGUAAAAAGAAGAGAGAAAGAGAGACGAGAAUUUUAUUGUAUAAUUGAGCGAAAAAUGCAUUUGAAAUCUUAAACUGUUUUCCCAUCAACAAUACCAAUCCAUAUUACGCUUUACGUCGAAACCCCACUGACAUAAGGCUACACAAAUGAAAAUUUUACGAAUUCCGCACUUCAAUUUUGUUUGCAAUAAUCCGUCUCUAGCGAUCGGUAAACAAUUUACUAUAACAAACAGAAAAGCGUUCAUUUCAUUCUAGCAGUAUCAAAUACUCAAGUGUGUAUGGAUGGAAGGAUUUGGAUUUGGUGUUUUUUUGCCAACUAUUUUCUGAUGAAAUAAAUAAAAAUUUCAACCCAAAAACGGUAUCAAAAUCAACAUAUCGAACAGAGGUGCAUUAAAUCAAUUCGAAAUUCUUUGAAUACAUCAAAUAGGAUGAGCUUUGAAUUCCAUGAAUAUUUUCCACCUGAUAUGUGCGUUUCAAAUGGAUUUUUUUAUAGGAAAUUAAAAUUGCGUGCUUAAUGGCGCACAUAAACGGUAGUCAGCUGGACAUUUCUCGUCGAUCUUUGAGUUUUUUUCGUUUGCAAACUCACUCUCAACCUUUCACGGACAGUAAGCAGAUUUACAAACGGAGCUGAUCUACUACUUCAUUUAAUAUAAUUUUUUUCAAGAGAUUGAUUUCAAAUCUUUUCGUUCAUUUUUGAACAUGCGGUUUGCUGUAUCAUUAGUCAGAGCUUGUGGUUUAUUUUUGAGGUCGUUAUCGAUAACAGAUGAUUUUCGUCCAUAACAGGUUAAAGACCAUUUGAACGACUAUCUUUUUAAUGAUACCUUCCCUUGCUAGAAGAUCAGUUUUCUUUUAAAAACCUUUUAAUUUAAAAUAGCUUUUUUCGCACCUCAGACAUGAAAAUGACUUUUCGUGCCCUUGAACGCUUGAAUAAUAUGAUGGGUAUGAUGAACACUUUGAUGACAAAACGAAAAACAUAAAUAUUUAACAACUGUUUGCUGGCUAUGAAAACAAGCUCUGGCAAAACUUUUGUCAUUUUGAAAAGAUCAAACCAUCAAUUGAAUGUUUUAAGAUUUCAAUUUACAUUUUUUCGUGUAAGAGAAAAUUCAUAUCAAUAUAUUUAUUGUGCUUUGAAUAGCAGUGCUUUUUUGAGUGCGUACAUCGUAUGCUCGAAGUCACAUUCGAGCAUGUUGCAGCUAAUAUUUAGUUUGUAAUUAUUUCGCUAAAUAGUUGAAGAAUCACGAACUACAAUUCUCGUAAUAUGAUCAGAGAUUUAAGAUCGGGUGGUCGAUCAUACCUCGAAUAGAAACACAAAACUAAGCCACGAAAACUUUCAAUUUGCUGUUGUGGCUUGGCUCCCAUCAAAAGAUAAAUAUAUUCGAUGCAGAGAAAUCUCAACUAUAAUUAAAAUACAUCAUCCGCAUGUUCCUUGCUGUACAGCUUAAAUGACUUUUGCUAGUUUCCCCACUUUUACCUUCCUUUAAAUUGUGUAAGUGUAAGACACCAAUGUUGAAUGGAUUAAAACUGACUCUAUACCUUUCAAACCCAUUAAAAAAGUAUAAAAACAAAAUCAUUCUGGAUGGAGACGAUGUUGUUUAUCCAGAUGAAAUUUUAUUUAUCUUUUACAAAUCUCGGCAAAAGUUUAUUUCGUCUGUUUGUUUUCCUGAAUCUCAUUAGAAUCAUAAAAUAGCUGAGCAUCAAAGAAUCUGUGAGUAAAUAAAUUUACAUUGUAUUACGUGUAGACGAGACAACCAAAUUGUUUUUAAAAAAGUACAAAAUUUUAUUUAA